AUGGCUCGUCGGCGCAAGACCAGGACACACCUGCUCAACGCGCCUCCUGCAGCGGUCAACGGCAAGAAUGCGAUACCAAAGUCUUUCGUCGUCGUCUCUGGGGAAGUGGGCUCUUCGGCGCAACAGCUCGUGAGAGACAUUCGCAAGAUACUCGAGCCCAACACUGCUUCCCGGCUAAAGGAGCGAAAAAGAAAUCGACUACGAGAUUUUAUCGCCAUGUCGGGACCUUUGGGUGUCAGCCAUCUGAUCGUCCUAUCGCAGAAGCUCGACGAUCUUGAUAUGCCAGAGACUGCGCUCGCUGGCUCGAUCGCAAAUGUCAAUCUGCGCCUGUCACGCCUGCCGCGAGGUCCGACGCUGAGCUUCAAAGUCCUGCGAUAUGCCCUCAUCCGGGACGUCCUCAACAUGUCCCGAAGACCGCGCAGUCCAGGCGCAGAAUAUGCGACCGAGCCCAUGCUUAUCCUGAACAAUUUUGGAGGAGAAGACAAGCAUCUCCAGCUGAUGACGACCAUGUUUCAAAAUCUCUUCCCGCCAAUACAAGUCCAUACUAUGCAUCUGACACAAGCCCGACGCGUCCUCUUGCUGUCUUACAAUGCUACCACCCGAACUAUCGAGCUUCGCCACUAUCUCAUCACUGUCAGGCCGUUAGGUAUCUCUCGUCCGAUUCGCAAGAUCGUGCAAGGCGCAGCAGCGCAUAACAGGAUGCGAGCGAGCUCUGUCGCGUCGGAUAACCUUACCGGCCUCAAUCGGCCGCGCAGAGUCGUCAGCCUCGCCAGCGCACACGAUAUAUCGGACUAUGUACUUCAGCGAGCAGGUCUCAGCGAGAGUCCUGUUCGCGAGGGCACGCCUUCGUCCGUAGGCACAGGCGGGUUCGAUGCAGCCAUCUCUUCUGCCUCCGAAGCGUCAUCAGACGAGGAGGAUCCCGACUCAAAGGCGGUCUCUCUGCCACAAGACUAUGUCGGGCGAGGUAACCGUCGCAGCGAGAAGCGGGCUAUCAAGCUCACCGAACUCGGACCAAGGCUCGAGCUGGGCUUGACCAAAAUCGAAGAGGGCGUCACGGGCGCUGGCAGCAAAGGCGAGGCAGGCAGCGUACUCUUUCACGAGCUGGUCCACAAGACCAAGAAGGAGGCAGCAGACAUUGCUCGUUCGCUUGCCGAACGCCGGAAGCUGCGAACGGAGCGGCGCACAGAGCAAGAAGCCAACGUUGCCCGCAAGAGGGCUGCACAAGCAGAGCUCAAGGCGGACAAGAGAAAGGCAAAGAAUGGCGACACAGCCGAACAGAACGAUGCCGGCGCAGAUGGCGCGGACGUUAGCGAAAGCGAAGACGAACAGGAGCUUGUCGAUGGCGCGGCGGAUCAAGUAGAGGAAGAGAACGAGUUCGCUUAUGAGGAUCAAUUCGACCUGGCUGCGCUCGGCGAUGAUCGAUCAGACGAGGAAGACCUCUUCGACGUUCCCGACGAGGAGGAGCCCGUACCGGACAGUGGUGCGGAACAGCCAGGCGGGGAGCCCUACGAUGCUCGUCAGACGAAGAGGACAAAAGCUUAG